AUGAGUACCCGUGCAAGAACAAGGGCAGCAGCUUCAGCCUCCGCAGCGGCGUCCGUAGCGAAGCCUGGAUCCUCUACGUCAACACAGAAACAAUCGAAACCCGUCAGCCAAUUCCGGAAGUCGGUCAAGGGCACCAAGGCAGCGGAGCAAAUAGAGAAGGAAAAUGUGAAUGGAAAGUCCGUGCAGAGUGUGGCGAAGAAAGGCAGGAGUAAGGCGACUAUGCUGAAACCUGUUCAUUGUAUGUGUUCUAUGGGUGAUGAUGGAUCGCCUAUGAUCCUUUGUGCAGAGUGUAAAAUUUGGUAUCAUUUUACGUGCGUAGAUAUCUCCGAGCCAGAGGCGGAGGAGAUUGGUAUCUACAUAUGUCCUUCUUGCACAGAAACAUCGGGUCGCCGUACAACAUGUGAGUCUAAUUACAUUCCUUUCUUGACAGUAGUUGGGCAAAAAUUCAUCUUUUGUGUAACUUUCGCCUAA